AUGACUACAGAUAUCCGCCAAACAAGUGUGAGCCCACAUGCGCUUGACUGUGCGAUACCCACCCCAGACUCCGACUGUGACUGCGACUCCAACCACGAUUCGGACAAGAGGCCAUACCCACAACAACCAGCUGAGAUCACCCAGGUCUUCCGCUUCCUAACCUUCACCUUGAAGGAGAGUAUUCAACAGACCCUGCACGCCUUGCUCCAGAGCUUCAAGUGCACCUACCUGCUUGUGUCUGAGCUCCACAGACCCUACCUCGACUCUGUCCGCGUCCUGGUCCCCCUGUGGCUAGCUGUUAUCCACGCCAUACUUCUCGUCUUCUUUGUUCUGGCCCACAGAACUGCCACUGACGCCAUCCAGUGGCUUCACGACACGCUUAGCUCCCAGUCGUCGGACCACUGCUUCAUCGAACGGGUCCACGGUCUCUCUCGCCCAGACCGCAACGACGGAGACGUCACUAUCCAAGGCGCCUCCUGCCACUCGGCUUCCAAUUUCGAAGAGUGGUCGGUUGUCUCUGGGCCCUCAGCGUACUGGACCGGCCGCUUCAAUUCUCUGCACGACAAGUUUCUGGGCGAGUGCCUCACCUCCAACAAUCUGCAAAGUCUACUUGGCGCACAAGCCGAUCGCGCUGUGACGCGAAACCAGCAGCGACAGCCACAUCUUCUGCGGGAACCCCAAUACACCCGAUUCAAUACCCGUCUUCCCCCAUCCGCCACCUCCGCCGCCGUACUCCAACAGACUACUGGCAGCGGCUUGGGCGCCGACACGAGCAGCAACCAGAGCUUGGCGAUGCAUGCCGCAGAUGCCGAGUUGCUGCUGGACGAUGACGAGCGGUGCAAGCGGGUGUUUAUCCACCUGGAGGCCUUUUGCGCCACUGACGAUGCCCGGAGGAGCCUGUUCGCCUGGCGGCAGGACUUUGCGCGCAAAACGAGGCGUCCGAAGCUCCUUCCGAGGGGCGGUACAAUGGAAGAUCGUCUGUGGGGCUCGUACAUCUCGCGCAUGGGUGUGAAAAGGAUUGGCAAGAGGGCGAGUAUGUACUAA